CGAAUAUUAUGCUGCAUUAGCCAGAGAAAAUCAUUAUUUACUGACGUUUACACACAAAGUAUUCGAAACUUGAGCAUAUCUCAUGUAUGGCACAGGCAUCGGUUUUACGAACUAGUGCAUCAGUAUUUGGUGGUUUAUUUGCGAUCACUGUUGCCACGGACAAUGUAGAAGUAGCAAAGGAAGUGUGUGGAACAGCGAAAACGCUAGGACAAGGACUGGGACAAGGACUAGGAGUAGGACUGGGAAUAGGAUUAGGUCUGGGAGCUGUGUAUGUGGCUUAUAAUUCAUUAAAACCAAUAAUCGAAGGUGCAGUUAAAAAAGGUGUUGGUGGCGAACGCGAUGACCAGGACGUUCGGAACAUUCGACCUGGAUGUUUGCAUUUUGAGUUACAUUGUUUCACAGACGAAAGAUUUCUGGAAGUCUUGGCGGAUUACGAAUCAGGAAGGAUGAAGGAACGCUUGCAGGAAGAACUUUCUCUGGUUGGAAUUAAAGUGGAAGGACUGAAGGUGAAGAUUGAAAACAUGGAGGAGGUGAAUGAGACAAGGGACGCCAUAAAAACGAGGUCCCGGACAAAGAAUAUUUCUGUUAGCGACAUCGAAAAUCUUGUUAUUAGUGAUGUGGAGAAUGACAAUAAAGAUAAGGAGGCUAAAGUACAAACAGAAAUUGUUAACCGCGGUUCAGUACUGGAAUCUAAACAAAAAGCUCCUGAAAUUAGCGUAAAGCAAUAUGGAGAAGAUCAUCCCGACACAGCUAGCAGUUAUGAAAAUAUUGGAUACGAACAAAAUGAGAUGAAAGAUUUCAAGUCAGCGUUAGUUUCGUAUAAAAAAGCUCUUCACAUCAGAUUGAAACUUCAUGGAGAAGAUCAUCCCGACACAGCUAGCAGUUAUAACAAUAUUGGAUGUACACAAAAUAAGAUGAAAGAUUUCAAAUCAUCCCGACACAGCUACCGUUUAUAA